AUGGAAGGGGAAACUGGUUAUCAUUGGUUCUAUGAGCCAAGUAAAGGCUGGGGUUUCCAUCUAAUUUCUCUUCCUGAUCUGCAUGACAAAUCGAAGGGCUUCGUAGUACUAGAUAGUCUGGUUGUUGAAGUGCAAAUUCACGUGAUGUCUAAUGCGAAAGAGUUCUCCUCGAAAUUGCCUGCUUUAGAAACACGUGAUGUAUAG